CAAUUUUCAUUAAGAGCUAAGCAAGAAAAAUUAAAGCAGAAAAACGAGAGCAAAACGAGUGAAGAAAAAGUUGCCGCAGCAUACAAAGUAAAGCAAAAAAAUAAAAAUAAAACGCGUUUACAUACAGUCUAUUAGCGGGCCUGCUGUUCGCCUCCUUCUUCUCUUUUACGCUGAGUCCAGCACAUUUUGCACGUCAAAAUAGGCUCCGGACAGAGUCACAGCCUCUGCUAUGGCGGCACCAUGGGCCACGGCUACUUUCGAACGUCACAAACGUCGACUUCGUCAAGGCAACGGGACAAGCGUGGAAAGGACAGCUAUAGCUACCAACAUAACUACGUGGAUCGAGUGCGUCUGGAGGAUACGAACGGUAACCUUUACCAGCAGCAGCAGCAGCAACAACAGCAGCAGCAGCAUCAUCACGCCUCGCACCACCCAAAAACCACCCACGAUCCGCGCUGUCCACAAUUGAGAGCCGCCGGCUGGCGACACACGCACAAAUCAGUCUCGCAUCUAGAUUUGGCCACCAGCUGUCACAGUGCAGCUGGCGCUGGCAUAGAUCACAGGCAUAGGCAACUGCACCACCAUCAGACCCAUCAUCAUCAACAUCACCAUCAGCAUCUGCCACCGGCGCCACCUUUGACACCGCACGCACAACCGCAUUGGACGCAGUGUCGCGUGGGCAUCGCAGCCGCCUCUGCUGCUGGCCAUGGGCAGUUGAGAAACGCACGCUCCUUGGACUACACACAGUUGGAGCGGGAGGAGAACGCUUUGGACAUUGCCGAGUUCUAUUGGCAUUUCGAUGCGGAAGCGCCACACGAACAAGUCGACAACUAUGCGGUAAUUGAAUUGCUUUCAGUUAAUGACAGCUUUGUACCAGCCGAGUCGCCGUCUCCACCCCCAGCACCCUCACCCACAACCCCGCUGACAACAGUAUCCACAACAGCAGCAACUGACACAACAACAGCAACAGCAACAACAUCAACUACUUCAACAGCAGCAGCAGCAACUGUUGGAGCGACAACCACAGUGACCGCAACGUAUUUGGACUUUGGCAGCGAAUCGUGCAGCUUGAGAAGAUCGCGCAGCUUGGCCGUGAUACGUGAGGAGACGUUUAGCGAUCUGCAAAUUGGUUCCGCCAACAGCAGUCGACGACGAUCGCAGCUAAUACCGCGUGCCCGGCUUGUUAAUCGCGGUUUUUUCCGCGAAUCGCCACGACUGCACAACAAACAACAGCAGCUACAACAACAUCAGCAGCCGAGUGAGCAGCCAGACGCCGACGCACAGAGUCACAGCAGCGGCGCAACCACUUGCGAUUCACAUCAGCAGCAACAGUUGUUGAAGCAGCAACAGCAAAAGCAGCGACAGCGACAACAGCAGCAGCAACAGCGCGGCGAGGCACGCGACUUUGAUGUCUACUACGAUAAUUUGAAACGCUUGGACGCCUUGGCAUUGGGUCUCAGCGAGCAGCUGCAUCCGUGGCACAACGACAAGAGCGAUCUCGAGAGUCUCAAUUCGGACUAUUUCAAGAAUUCCCUACAUCAGAAUCACGCCGAUCAACUGCAGCCGUCUUCUCUUGAAUUUGAAGCCCUUGAGCAGGCUGUAACCUUGCUCAGCGAACGACCGCGCAUUUAUCAAUCGCGUCGCCAGCAACAGCAGCAGCAUCGCUUGCAUCAUCAUUGCCACCAGCGGCACAUUGAUUUAGGUGGCGAAUCCUGCCCCGAGCACAGUCAGAGUAGCGUCUUUCCAGAGACUACGACCAGCAACAGCAACUCAGACGAUCAGACAGACAGUCCCUCGUUAUCCGAGCAGGAAUACGAUCUAACACACAUUGAACAGAUCUUUCAGCAAGGCGAAAGUGGCGAGGUUGAGGAAUGCUACGAACUGAUUAGUCUGACAACUACAACACGCACACGCUUCGAGAGCAGCGAGGAGGAAGGCAACGAGCGGGAGUUGCAGCAACAACAGCAAGAGGAGGAGGAAGAGGAACAGAGCUUGACCACGCCCACAGACACAACAGCAGCCAGCGAUAGUGAUGGCACAUUGAAGCGUGGACACAGUGAACAGCUGGACAAACUCAUUGCCUACGACUCGGUUUAUUUGUCCUCCGAGGACAGUUCCGAGUGCACGUUGAUUGGCGAGAGUUGCGAGUCCUUUGAACAGCGCACAAGUCUCAGCACCGAGUGUGAAGAGGGACGCAGCUUGCUACACAUUUCCAUUGAGGACACGGUCUACGAACCGCAGCCCAAGCAGCAUAAAAAGCAAGAGCAAGAGGAGCAGCAAGCGAAACCGCAGAUAGAAACUCAAAUCUUUACACAGAUACUAAAGAUUGAACAGCCGGCGACCAUUACAUCGAGCACGGCGAGCAAACCUCGGAUAUUGAGUGUGGUCGAAAAGCGCAAGCAGCUGGAACUAAAGCAGCAGCCAGUUGCAACUGCAGUUCCGCCGGAACUGAAGCGCCAGGCCACCGAUACGUUUGUGGUUACGUCGACGCACAAAUCGAAUCUGGUUGAGAAUCAGUAUCAUAGUUUGCCGGAUGUGAACAUUGGCGUUAGCCUGAAAGUUUGCGAGAGCAUCGACAAGGAGCUGCGGACAUCGUAUAAUCUGCAGCGGCAACAACAACGCAAAGAAUCGAAGCGACAGAAAGCAACGACCGAGCAUAGCCAAAAUCAGGUGGUGACCCGAGCGGAGACUUACGAUUCGAUACGACGCUUUGGGCGGGCUCAUCAGAAGGCCAGGCAAAUUGAGUACGAGCACGAGGAGCGCGAAAGGCAGCGCGAGAAGGAAGCGUCCACUCAGGAGGCGGAAAAGGAAACGACGACAAAACCAGCAAAGGAAGCUAACAAGGUCGAAGUCAAGCAAGCGAUAUUCCCCGCACCCAUUGAAGUGGAAGUGCGAGUUGAACAGGAGAAGGAGGAAGAGGACGAGGAGGAGUUGCCUUUGCCACCACCACCUCCACCUUUAACAGAGGCAGAGGACAACGACGACGACAACCACGAUAAGGAUAAUCUGUCGGUGUCAAUUUCGUUGGCCGAACAGCCUAAGGAAGCGCCCCACAUUGAGGUGGCGAACUUUAGCAAGCUAAUCGAGCGACGCGCCCAAGAGAUAAGACAACGCAAGGAGCAAACCGAACAGCAGCAGCAGUCGCAACAGCAGCAGCAAUCCUUUCGCAUUAUUGUCACCGACGCACAGAACAAUAUUAUUGCAACCGAGGCUAUUCAGGAGGAAACCAAGCCAAGUGUUAACUGCACUCCUCAACCUCCCGCAGUUGCAUCAACUCAUUCGCAUUCCCAACGCUCGUUGCGUCGCUCGAGCAGCACCGCAAGUGGCAAACCACCCGAACGUCGUGUGCUAAGUGCUGGCGCACCAAUCUACAAGGCACGACCCAUCAAGGUGUUGGCCACGUCCGAAAAGAUGUCACGUCCCCAGAUUCUGCAUGUCGUCGACAGCAGCAGCAGCAGCAGCAAUGGCCACGACCCAACUGCCAACGGCAGCCUUAGGCGUCGCAGCAGCGCUCGCAGCAUUGCGAGCACUGUGAGCAACGCCGGGGGCGAGGUGGCCAUUGAGUACCUACAAAAAGUGGAUGCCGUCAAAUGCUAUUGGAACAAACUUGCGGCGGGCAGCGAGCCAAGUGAACCGAGUAAGCCGCAAACAAAUGAAGACUCAGCUGCAAGGUUGCAUUUUCAGUUGGGUGACCGCGUCACUGAAAAGUCAACAGCAACUGCAACAAACUCGUCGGCAGAUUAUUGCAGCAUCAUGCCACCGUCCAUAGAGAUUGUAGAGCUCGGCGAUGGCGCACAGAAGGCUACAAUUGUGAGUGCUGCACCGGACGGUGAUGAUGAUGACGAUGAGGAUGCAGCGCAAUUUGAUCACAUACGCUACAAGGUGCUCAAGUCACAGCAGCUGAUCCGAAGCAACAUUCUCACAGCACGCAACAAGAAGGAAGCACAAUUCGAUGGUCUCAUACAGUAUCUGCAGGACUACAGUUUCCAGGAGCUGCUGAGCAACAACAAUGUGGUCAUCGUGGAGCCAGUGCGCACCAAGAUUGAGCGACCACUCACAGUGGGAGGCACAACUUCAGGUCCAACUGCCAAACCUCCGAAGUUGGUCAAACAACAAACGACGUCAGCGAAGAAGCCGCGACAGCGACAAAUUGGCGGCGCCGCAGCCAAACGGCAUUUCUUUUAUCAACCCGUGCGGGUGAAUCGCGAGCUCUACGAGGAUGAGCUGCCCGAUCCGGAUACGGUGCGCAAUGUGCGUCGCUUCUUCGAGCAGCAUGUGCUGCCCACUCCGGGUCAAGGCAUCCUGGUGCAAUCGCAGCAAAAGUUUGGCGGCUCCGCCUGCCAGCUGAGUCCGAAAACCCGAAGAGCACGCGGCUAUCGAUUUCUCACAAUCGAUACGAGCUACGGCGCUGGUGGGGAGGAGCAACCCAAGGGCAUGGAACUGCUCGAAGAACACAAGGUAAAACAGCACUGGGACAAUGCGAGUCUAUCAAGUGGCAUCUCCAGCGGAGAUUUAUCCUCGCCCUGCGGCGAAUGUCACCUACGAGAACCGGAAGCCAUGGCCAAGGAGACGCCAAUGAUGGCCUGCAAGGGUGUCCAUGUGCUGGACGUCGUAAGGCGACACAAUAGCAAUGCGGCCAAUGCCAAGGCGAGGGCUGGCAAGUUGGCCAGUCGACGCACCUGGUGUGUGGGCGGAGGCGGUGGCGGUGGAGCUGCUGGCGAUAGUCGCUAUCGUCAGAUUUACGAGCAGGCGAAACUCGAAGCGGAAGCUAAGGAGGAAGAGGAGGAACAGCGGGAAGAUAAUCAACACAAUGGCGAUGGUGAUGAUGAUGAUGGCGAGGAGUAUGACGAUGAUGUGGAAACGGACAUGUGCGAGUCCUAUUAUGUGAGCAAUGAUGUGCUGGCCAAAAUACGCGAAUGCGGCUCCACGGUCACCUACUAUGGCGGACGAGUCCUAGAGCGAGGACUGCCAACAGCAGCAACAGCAACUGGAGCUGGAGGACACUUGAAUCCUCAGCUGUUGAAUGGAUGUGGAGAGAAUGCUGCUGCCACACGCACACGCUCACGAGUGCGUCAAAUUGAGGCAUGCAACGAGUGCAUUGAACAGCAGCAGCAUCAGGAUCAGCAACAGGACUCUUAUCAAGGUAUUAAAUUCAAAUUGGUCAAAUCGAACAGCUGCAGCAGUCGCUUGGAGUUGGCGGGCACCGAAGAGGAGGCAAAUACAAUUGAGGAUGAUAACACUGAGGUGGUGCGGAAGAUGGUUCAUCACUUUGAGUGCAAUCGGCCAACGAUGAUGGCCGAUGGCCAGGCGAAUGUGACCAUCAACAGUCAAAGCACUGCGAGCAAAAAGGAAAUACUGGAGGGGACAACGUCAGUCCGACGACAAGUGACAGUAAAUAAUCACAUAAACAUGACGCCGCAGGAGUGUGAGCGGUUGCCUAAUGGGCUGGAUAAGCAGACGCAGUUAGAAAGAGAUGAAGAGGCAACAACAGCAACAUAUCAGAGUCAGGCCAUGAACAUACGCCUAGAUUUAAGUGCGGGGCGUGGCAGUGAUAAGCCCAACAAUAACAGCAAAGUAUGUCGCAAUCGAAAUGUGGAUUUAGCCUAUACGCUGGCAAAGCCAUCACGACAGCAGCAGCAGCAGCAGCCAGUCAUUGGCAAUCCAGGCACGCCUCUGGGCAAUCAGAAAUUGACAAAACAAUACAAUGAUGCACAGGAUGAUGAGGCAGCAGUCGUAGUAGGAGCAGAACAUGUCAAGCCAUGUCAGCAGGAAGUCAUUGGUCGUGAACAAAUCAUUGUCCCCAUUGAGAUUCAUCAGAACCAAACGCAAACGCAAACACAAACGCAAAUACAAACACAAGCACAUGGACAGGAGCGACGAUUGAGCAAUGCAAGCAGCAGUGCAUCGAUUGUGGACAAGACUGUGGUGCGACAUUAUGUGGCAAAUGACAAAAGCAUCUAUGAACGACGCAAAUACGAUGAGAUUGAGUUCGAGGAAUUCGAGAUAUACGAUCCAGCCAAAGAGCAAGAACGUCUAGAGCAGGAGCAGGAACAGCAGCAGCAGCAACAGGAGCAACAUCAACAACAGACAUUCCAGGCACAGGAUGGUGUCAACUCAUUGAGCCGACGACAGACAAACGAUGGCGAACUCUACGAUAGCCUCGACGAUAGAAUGUGAAAACAUGCAAAUAAACAAGCAUCGACUCUUCUGGGUGUUGGGGUAAAACAAUAAUAAGAGCCUAAACUAAUCUAUUUCCAAAUAUCCCCCCACAUUAUACAUACGACAUGUAAGCCCCCUACUUAGCUUUACUGGUAAAGCCAAAACAAAGAACUAUCCAAAUAAUUUUAUGCAUACAUAUUAUAUAUACAUAUAUUUUGAGCUCAAUUUUGUACACAUUAUAAGUUAAACACAACUAAAUAAAUAUAACAUUUAUUUAAUGA